UCUUAUACGAGCCGUCAGGCUUCGACAGGUAGACGUCCCAGUCGGACCCAAACUGGUUGAAACGAGGAAGAAAACUGGUCACCAGAGCCUUGGCUCAGGAAACACCUGGCAGCAGGAGGCCACACGAAGCUGUCUCUCCCAUUCUGCCGGAUGAAACAUCAAUUAUUCAGCUCCCUGUAGAUGUGGGACAAGAGGAGGUCAGGAGACUUUCUCCCUUCACGCUGUGGAGGAUUGGGACUUGCCAGAUGGCUCAUCGUAAUCAUCAUCAUUGUCGUGGAGCUCAUAACGAGUUCUUAUCGUCGCCGACACACGGCUUCGGAGAUGGCUGAUGAGUCACGCAGACGCACUCGUGUGUCAAACACCUCUGUGUGAUUUCCACUCAGAUGUGAACGUACCAACACACACACACACACACACACACAGACACAAAAACCACACAGGAGGCCGCUGAGACAUUUCAACAGGGAUAAUCCUGGAUGAUGAAACACAGCGCACUGAUACAGUAUAGAAGAACCUGAGGCACAGCAGCUCACCUUGCCCUGGCAACAACAUAAGGCCUUUCCACAAGUCAGAAGGGGUCAGAAGACAGACAAAGGUCUGAUAGAGGAGACUCUGAAUGUGAACUUUGUUUUGCCUUUUCCUCUCUCGUUCCCUCUCAACGAGUGAGACAGUGGUGGGUCUUGCUGCUGCACGAUGCCGUACAAUGAAAUUAAAAACUUUUCUUUCCUUUUUUAUAGGAUAAAUCUUGAUGGGACUGACCCUGCAGCUUCUGAAGAGAAAUGAAAAGGCAGUCUGAGCUGGCGGAGAGGCUGAAGUGCUGCUACGGUGUGAGAUAAUGAACCUGCUCAUGUGUUUGUGUUGUGUGUUCCUGGAUCUAACAACAGUCUAUAGCUGUGUGUUUAUGCAGGAGCGCAUCGUAGGCGGUCACCCAGCUGCACCAAACUCCAUCAGGUACAUGGUGUCACUGCAGACCUCUUACGGCCAACACUUCUGUGGGGGAUCCCUGGUUCACCGGUACUGGGUUCYGACCGCGGCGCACUGUAACAUCGGGGCAGACCAGAUGCUGAUAGUUGCAGGCAACAACAGAGUGAAUACGUUCGAGGGCACUGAGCAGUAUGCUAAAGCCCACAGGCUGCUCAUUCAUCCACUGUACAACAGAAGCACCAACAAUGCUGAUAUCAUGCUCAUUAAGCUGCGGGGCCCUAUGAUCCUGAACAAGUUUGUGGCCUUGGCGCCUCUUCCCAGACAGGGAACGGGCGUGGUCGAAGGUCAGACAUGUCGGGUGUCUGGGUGGGGCUACGACGGCGCAGGCGGAGGCCAGGUCCCGAUGAUGCUCAGGACCGUCACGGUGCCCGUGGUCUCAGCGGCMAGAUGCAACAGCAGCGACUCGUUUGAUGGAAACAUUACAGCAAACAUGAUCUGUGCUGGAGACCAKGCUGGGGGGAAAGAUGCAUGCAAGGGGGACUCGGGCGGGCCRCUGGUGUGCAGGGGCCGGGUGUACGGCCUGGUUUCGUGGGGCAAGGGCUGCGGCGACACCAAGUAUCCCGGGGUGUACACCGCCGUGUCCAGGUUCCGCCGCUGGAUCGACCAGACCAUCUACGGGUCGCAUCUACGCUGCUCCAGGUACAGAUAGAGGCUGAAGAGCGGGAAAUAACAUUUCACCUGGGAAAUGGGACAACUGAUGUGAACCAGCUGGUUCAGAUGCAGCGUCGCAUCUAAAACUCUCCUGAUGAUUCCUGUUUAAAAAGUCAUYGUUCUAACAAAGCAGCCGCUACUUGAAGAUUAAUCUUUUAGAGCAAUUUGAGAAACAGCUUCAGCCAGUCAUGGACCGUGAGGAAAAAAAAAAUCACUUUUAAGAAAAUUAACAUAUAGAGAAGAUGAUGAAUUGUGAGCUUCUCAGACAUUUGUAACAA